UCUCGAAACGUGGCUGACGUUUAAUUUUGGGUUGUCUUGUCAUAAUUGUAUAAAUCCAACAAGAGUGAAGCGUAGGCACUUUUACAAUAACUGCUCAAAGGAUUGCAUUAAUUAUUGUGUUAAAUUGCUCUAAAUAAAACAAAAUGGAUCAAAUCGCAAAGUUUGUAGAGCCAGGCAAGCAGUUCGCUAAAGACUCUAUUAGAUUAGUAAGAAGGUGCACAAAACCAGACAGAAAAGAAUUCCAAAAGAUUGCAAUUGCCACUGCUAUCGGAUUCUGCAUCAUGGGAUUCAUUGGUUUCUUUGUAAAAUUAAUUCACAUCCCCAUCAACAACAUUAUUGUUGGAUCGUAAGCUUUAGUUAGUUGCUUAGAUAUAAAUUUUAACUUUAAGCCCAGAGCCCUCUAACUUAAAUUCUCAAUUCUCCUCCGUUUGCACUAUGAUUUAAAUAAAUAAAUUAUAUCAAUUUUUUUAUUU